UUGAUUGGUGAUUGAGUAUCUAGCGCUCGUUCAUGCUUGUUAGAAAUGAAAGCUUUUGAUAUCGCGGCCCAGGCGUUUCUGAUUUUUUAAAACUGUUACUAGUGAAUGAAUACGGUUGUAAAAAUCGUUCGAGUGAGACUGAUUGUGAGUGAAUUUAAUUUACCGCGCGGUAAUAUGGCCGCCGUUACAAAUCUAGCCCUCCAUGCCAGUUGUGUAGUCUGCUAGAUGAAACUGUCAAGCCGGAGAGAUGUCUCGCGAGAAUAAUUGAAUCAAUUUGUACCGCCAGCCCCGUGUUGAAAACGACACAAGUUACUCACGAUGCUGGAUAAUGGAACCAGCGAUCGUCGAAAGGCUCAGUCAUAAGACUUGGCGGCGCCAAGCGAAAAAGGAACGGCGCAGAAGAAUCCGGACUAGCCAAGCUCGCGCUCGCGACGCUGACGCCGAACGGCUUGACGCUAAACUAAAGGAGACCUCCGAGUAUUUAAACUGGCUAGAAUUCCAGCGCGCCGAGGAGGAACGCAGAGACAAGGAGGAAGCCAAGGAACACGAGAUUCGGGAACGAGAGUGGCUCGAGGAGGAGCUUCGAGCGCAAAAAGAGUGGAGAAUCCAGCAGGAGCGGAAGGCGAAAGCCCGUCAGGUGCAGCUGGACCAGGAGACGCGAAUCCGUAAAGAGUACGAGGCUAAGCAGGAGGUAUUGCGCUUGAAGAAGGAAGAAGCGCGUCGUAAAGAGGAAGAGGAAUCCAAGAGGUUGGAAGAAGUUCACCGCAAUAUCGAGGCAUACAUCGACGAAGGAAGAUCUACGCCGGAAGUCCUUCGAGAAGUGACGAAUUCGCAACCUGGAAAGGAACCCUGCCCGUUUUUCUCGAAGACUGGAGCCUGCCGGUACGGCGACACGUGUUCGCGGAACCACCAGCGACUCGCGCUGUCCAGGGUGCUCCUCAUUCCUGGAUUUUACUCGCAUUUUUCGCUGGAGAAAAACUCAGCCGAGUACGACACGGACAUCGCGCUCGAGUUCGGGGGCUCCGAAACGCGGCACCACUUCCGAGAAUUCUACAACGACGUGGUGCCGGAGCUGGAGACCUUCGGCAGGAUUAAGACCCUCAAGUGUUGUCGCAACACGGAGAUCCAUCUCCGAGGCAACAUGUACGUCGAGUACUAUGAAGAGCGGGACGCGGCCAGGGCGCUGCGCAGCCUAAAGGGCCGCUGGUACGCGGGCCGGCAGCUCAACUGCGAAUUCGCGAAUGUCCAGUCGUGGCGUAACGCGAUUUGCGGCAUGCCGAAGUGCCCCAAGGGUAGGUCCUGCAACUUUCUGCAUACCUUCCGCAACCCCCGUGACGAAUACGACGUCAAGAGCCCCCAGAGGUCCAGGACGAGGCGGGGAUCCAGUCACCAUGACCAGAGAACAGCCUCGGCCAGAUCUUCGAGGCCUGAUCAGGAAUCGGCCAGAGGCUCUAGCUGGAUGCGAGAAGAAAGCUCGCGGAACUGGCGGUGGUCCGAUUCCUCCGACUCAGGGGGAGAGACACCAACCAGAGCGUCGAGGGCGGAGGAGAAGCGAUUGAGAAGCCCACGGAAGAGACCGAGGGAUGAGAAGUCGCAGGUAAAGCAGAGUAAGAAGAAGAGGACGCGUGGAGACAGGACGGAAAAAAAAUGCGAGAGGAAUGGGAAGAGUCGCGAUACCACCGAGAAACGUAAAGACCGCUCGAAAGAAAAGGACUUCGCGAAGAGAACUGAGAGGACCAAAUGGGACGGUAAGAACUACGAAUCCAUGGACACUGAGAGCGAAUCGGGCUACUCCGAUUCUGGAAUUAGCAGACGAAGACGACGGAAAGUUUCCAGGCGUAGCCGAAGUCGGUCCUGGAGUCAGGAUCAGCCCACCGAAGUAUCGGCCUCGGAGGGCAACGAAAGGAGCAGCAAAACGCCGCACAGAUAGUCGUGCACCUUGAUCAAGGAAGAAAAAAAUACUGUUAGCUGUCCGCUAUACUCUACAAAUGAAAAGUUUGUAUAGUUUCGUGUUGGUUUUAUGUCGAUAUAAAACGUACAUACGAAUGGCUUCGUAUGCAAAUGGUGCUCGACCAAACUGUUAAAGGUGACGAAAGUGCCGCAGAAUCGGCUGCGAGGACACGGUGAAAUGCCAAUUUUUUGACACUGUAUCCUCAUGCAAACUUGGAAUAAAGAAUUUUUUGAUUACA